AUAUACAUCGGCAGAUAGUCGCUACGCACUCCCAAGUCCCAGUCCCUCGCAUCGCGGCUCCACUUUGUGGGGUCAAUAGAAUCCCACUACCAAACAAACUAUCCCCCCACUUCUCCGUUUCUGCAAACCCUAACCUCCCUCGCUCCUUCCCUUGCCCCUCUCUCUAGCCGGAAAUCCCCUCGUAUUUCCCAAACCCUCUAAAACCCUAACCCAAAUGGGCUCAGACAUGAUCGUCCCGUUCUCGGACCAACACCCUAACUCACUCGCCACCACCCCCACCACUUCCAAAACCCAAGUAGCUACCCCUCGCACCAGAGACCGUCACACCAAGGUCAACGGGCGCGGCCGCCGCAUCCGCAUGCCAGCCCUCUGUGCUGCCCGGAUAUUCCAGCUCACUCGCGAGUUGGGUCACCGCUCCGACGGCGAGACCAUCGAGUGGCUGCUCCGCCAGGCAGAACCCUCCAUCAUCGCCGCCACCGGAUCCGGCACCGUCCCGGCAACCGUUUCCACCUCCUCCGCCACUAUUCCCUCCACGGCUCACCCCGUCCCAUGCCGGAUACAGCCGCUCUCGGUAGUGAGCGACGGACAGGGGAUGUUCACGAUGGCGCCACCGCCGCCUCAACCGAGUUGUCGAUUGGAUUUAUGUCAACCGUUGGGGAUGGAGUACUCGGCCGCCACGGCUUCUGCGGUGGGCAAUGGGUACCGACACAUGCCAUUCACAGCGUUGUUGUUACAGUCGACGGCGACGGAGGAAACCGAGGAGAGUCAGCAAGAGGAGUUACUCAGGGAGCAAUAAACAGUGUAACAUAUAUGGGUUUGUCUUUGAUAGAUAUAUCUAUAUGUAUGGGGUGGGGACAUACAGAACUGGACAUAUGUAUCAGUGCAUUUUGGACUUUAGGAGUUUUAUGCUUAAUGGUUGAAGUCUAAUUGCUACAUCCUCUUUUGGGCAUGUCAAAAUUCUCAAAACGAGGGACUUUUGAGAGGGUGAAGAUGUAAAUUACUAGAGAUGAAAUGGAAAAACAUGUUUCAGCCA